CAACAUCGUAGAAGAAGGGAAACUACAACUUUUUUUUAGUAGACUGAGUGAAUUCAUUUAUUGUAACUGUUUUUCUCAAGCAUGAGAUGCACAUUUAAUAUUUGUCUUUGGAUUAUCACAAAAAUUGCUAACUCUACAUGGUUAUAAAGUCUGGAAAAAGACCUAAUAACAGGUUUGUGAAAAAUGAUUGCAGAUACCAUGAAGUCAAGAUAUGACGACAUUUUAAAAUAUAAUGAUGCGGUAGUACAAAAAAAAAGAAAAACUCACACCAAAGAGUCUGAGCGAUCUCCUACUAAUUCGGAUCGUACUGACAAAAUUUAUCAUAACCAAAAGAGAAAGGCCCAUCGACAUAAAGGUUUAAAAAAGCAUUCUAAACACAGUGAUUCAGAUGAUGCUGUUUCAAAAAAGCAUAAAAAAAAACACAAAAAACAUAAAUCGAAAGACUCGAGUGGAAACAAUAAAAAUGCGUGGGGAACCUAUGGUGUUUUACAAGACUGUGAUCUUUGGGUGAAAAGACCUGAAUUUCAAUUAUGGCUUUUAGAAAUUAAAAAAGAAAAUUUGGAAAUGUUACCGAGUUGGAAAGAAAGAGAACUAUUUCGUGAAUACAUAGAAGAUUACAAUACAUGUACUUUUCCUCAUGAAAAAUAUUAUUCAUUGGCUGCGUGGGAAAAAAAACGUUAUAGUGAUAGCCCAGAUAGUGAUAACCAGGUAUCUUCAAUAGUAUUUAAUGAUGAAGAGUUACGAAGAAAGGAAAUUCAUCGUUUAAGAGAAAAAUUUAAACUUGAUGAGCAACAAUGUGCUUACAACUCGAUUCGAAAAGAUAGUGAAAAGAUUGAAGCUAUGCGACAUCAACAUUUGCUUCAAACACAAAUGAAAACACUUUUCCGAAUGGGUCAUAUUGCAGAAGCUGAGAAAAUUCGUGAUAGAUUGCGAAUUGAAGAAGAAUAAUGGUGAUAAAGUCAAAAAAAAAAUUUUUAAAAUUUUUUUUCUAAACAUACGAACCAUUAUAAAGCGACAAGAGAUUUUAAGAGGCUUAAAAGAGGAAGAAAGAAUGACAUAAAAUAAUUUAAUUUUUUAAUUACAAUAACCAAACGUUUUUAUAGGCAUGGAUAGAAAACAUGGAUUGGGCGGCGA